AUGAGGCCAACAUGGAUUCAAACCUACGUGGAACGACAGACUGCUUCUGUCAUCAACGAACAGGUCGAGAAGAGGAGCAAGAAAAUGGAGUUUCUUCACAGUGAUAACUCCAGAGGUUCCUCUCAAAUUGCUCUCUUUCAGCGACGCGAGGUUCAAACGGGCUCUCUGUUGGGACAGGGCAACUUUUCGGAUGUGUACGAAGUGACCCGUUUCAAGCUCUUGCGAUCUGGCCCCGCCUCUCAGAGCCCCAUUGCCGAAGAUGCCCGCCUUGCCUGUUGUUGGAACGCCAAGAAGGUGUCGUCAUCGUGCAAGUACGUUAUCAAGCUACCGAAGAAACCCGAACGCCGUGGCUUUCUUGGUAGCAGUCGUCGAUCUCAGGACGGAAGUAGGAACAACAACAGAUUCCCUGAGUAUACCAAGGCAUCCAUUGACCUUAUCUUGGAAGGAAAGUUCUUGUCUGCUCUUGAUCACAAACAUAUCAUCAAGGUUCGUGGUCUUAGCUGUGGUCCCAGCCCUUUCAUCAUCAUGGAUCGUCUCGAAAGCACUUUGGCAGAACGCCUCGAGCAAUGGAGAGCUGCCGACUCUUCUAUCAACCACGCACUGAUCUUGAAAGAAAAGACCAAUUAUGCCUUGCAAAUGGCCGAUGCUAUUGACUACCUACACCAGAGGCGCCUCAUUGUACGUGACUUCAAGCCCGCCAACACAGGGUUCAAGAGGGGACUCAACGGCGUUGACCAGGUCCAGCUUUUCGACUUUGGCCUGUGCCGUGAACUGCCACAGUCCCUGUACUUUGAAGCUAAGGAUGAAGAUCAAAUCUUCCGUAUGUCCAUGGCCGGAACACUGAGGUACAUGUCUGUUGAGCAGGUCAACACUGGCUUUUACGGUCUGAAGUCAGAUGUCUACAGUUGGGCCGUUGUUGUUUUUGAGAUGAUGACUUUGGAGGUACCUUACGCCAACAUAUGCAAUAACCAAGCUAUGCACAGGCGAUAUGUCUGUCAAGGAGGCGAACGACCAGAGUUUCCCAAGGACAGUCAAGUGCCAGCUUGCAUCCAAGAACUGAUUUGCGAAGGUUGGUCGCAAGAGAUCAAGAAUCGCCCUACCAUGAAGUCUGUAUGCUCCCGCCUGGAAGAGAUCAUUGACCAUGAUCUGUCGUUCCCGAGCAAGGAAAGCAGGCCACAGAAGACGGUAUCCGUUUCGCAACAAGACAUGGAUACCUUGAUUGCCGCCGCUGCCGCCUGCAACAAGCCCAUGUCAACUGUGAAUCGAAAUCAUCACAAGAGACCAUCUGUGACCUCGGCUGCCAGCGCUAAUCCCAAGCGAAGGUGCAGCAUGAAUGCAGCUUAUCUGCUGUAG